AUGUUUGCGCGAACAGCUUUGCGGGCGGCGACGAGGCCUGCAGCACUUCGAUCAAUACGGCCUGCUUCGACCUUCUCGGCGACGGCGGUCGACAGCAUGAAUCCCCACGGCAUUGAGAUCUCCAACGCCCAGCGCAUCGCACAGAAUGGCUUUGUUUCUGCAAUUGGAAACACCCCUCUCAUUCGGAUGAAGAAGCUGUCAGACGAGACUGGCUGCGAGAUCCUCGGAAAAGCAGAGUUCCAAAAUCCUGGUGGCUCCGUGAAGGACAGGGCAGCGCUAUACGUGGUCAAAGACGCAGAAGAGAAGGGCUUGCUGAAGCCAGGCGGCACGGUUGUUGAGGGAACUGCUGGAAAUACUGGUAUUGGUCUUGCGCAUGUGUGCAGAAGCAAAGGCUACAAGCUCGUCAUCUACAUGCCCAACACUCAAUCGCAAGGGAAGAUCGAUCUGCUGAGACUACUUGGGGCUGAGGUGUACCCCGUGCCAGCUGUGGCAUUUGAGAACCCGCAGAACUACAACCAUCAGGCCAAGAGACAUGCAGAGAGCUUGGAGAAUGCAGUUUGGACGAACCAAUUCGACAACACGGCGAAUCGUCAAGCGCAUAUCGAAACCACCGGACCAGAGAUCUGGGCGCAGACUGGCGGCAAGCUUGACGCUUUUACUUGCGCUUCAGGAACAGCCGGUACCAUCGCCGGUUGCACGCGAUACUUAAAGACUGUCUCCAACGGCAAGGUCAAGUGCUAUGUUGCUGACCCUCCUGGAUCAGUCAUCUACACCUACGUCUCAUCCGGCGGAAAGCUCGUCGACCGAUCUGGCUCAUCUAUCACCGAGGGCAUUGGACAGGGCCGCAUCACCGACAACCUGAAGCCAGAUAUCGUUCUGCUAGACGGCGCACUUCACAUCGCAGAUGAGAAGAGUAUCGAGAUGGUGUACAGGUGCUUGGACGAAGAGGGUCUGUAUCUUGGCGCCAGCUCAUGUCUCAAUGUCGCAGCGGCGAGGGAUCUUGCCCAGAAACUCGGACCGGGCAACACGAUUGUGACCAUCCUUUGCGACGGCGCGUACCGGUACGCCGACAGGUUGUUCUCGCGGAAAUGGUUGGAGAGCAAGAAUCUGCUCGGCGCAGUACCAGAGCACUUGCAUAAGUAUAUUGUACUCGAGUAG